AUGUACAUUUUCAGCAAGCGCAACCUUGAUACCCAAAUAACUCGUGUUAUUCCUAUGCAAGAGCUUGAUCCUCUUUCCCGCGUGUUUCUUCAACGGUAUUUUGUCGACAGUAUCCGGUUCAAGCCAAUCAUGCCGAUAGAUUGGCAGCACCCAAGCAUCCUGCACCUUUUUUCGGACCAGCUUUUCAAGUCCAAUUUUCGCGUGCAGGACGCAAUCAAUGGUACAAAAACAGUGCUUGGUGGAUCGCUUGCGAACCUCGACCCGUCUACGUACGAUGAGAUAGGUACGGGAAUUCCAUUGGCGUUUUUGUAUGAUCGCAUAGCACGGGAACUUGCGCUGCGUGUCCAGAAUGCGUGGUUGGAGUGCAAAAGCUACAGUGGAAUCUUGGCAAAGCAGCGUCUUCAAAAGUAUCUGCUCCAAAUGACCUUUUGCGUGAGUCGAUAUGCUUUGGAAAAGCAUACGCCAUUGGUGGUGGUUGCAAUUGAGCUUGCGAUCUUAACUAUGAUUUGCAUCAGCACGCAAUGUGGUACGGUAUCUCCUUCCAUGCUUCUUGAACAGACCCAUUGUGAGCAGUGCCGUCAAGGGGGGCGAGGCUUGAACGCCCACGAGCAGCUCGGCAAAAUUAUCCAAAAACUUUACAUGACCCAAGACGACGUAACGCUCCAGUCGAUCAGAGAUUCCCCGGAAAGCUCCCCAUUAUGUGCUCUGCGUGCCGAAAAACUGGAUCUUGGUCUUACAUUCAUGCUAGUGACCAAGUUGAUGCAAUGGCACGAUCUGGCUUUGCCCGAAGCGCAGGCGCUGGCCGUGUGCUCGGAUUGGAUAUCAGCCUCGGAAAUUCCUCACUCAACGAUUGCAUUUCAGCGUCUUUCUUUGAUGCAAGAGGAUGCCGAACGACGCGCUCUCCGCAACCCGGCGAUGCACGAUACCGACUUUAUCUACGACGCUGUAAUUGACGCGUAUGUGGCAACGGACUCGAGCCACCCUGGAAUGCAACCAAGUGCGCAACACAACAAGUCACCGCCGAGUCAUCCUUUGAGAGAGAUUGAAUGGAAUGUGCAGCAUGCGCGCUUGAAACGAAGGGAGUCCGACGCCACGAUACCGAAAAAGUUGCAUUCUUGUUCUAGCCACUAUGAAGCUGACGAGCUGGAUCUCCUAUCAUAUGACCCCCUGCAUGGCACACCACGUGUGCGCCGCAAAGUGCAUCGUUUGGACGUUGCUACCGAGGCGCGCAGAAAUAGAAAUAUGCGUGUUGCUGCGCACCGGUCUCUCUACCCAUACUUGUAA